AAAAGCAUUCACAGACACAUAAACACAAAUGCACUUUUACAUCUACCCACCUGUCACAGCUGGCUGAAGGACUGGACCAAGGUGCAGCAUGGAAAUUAUGUUUUGAAAGAUACUGAAGGCCUUAUAAAUACCCUGUGGACAAAAGGUUCACUUCAGUCUACAUUAUGAACAGACAACAAAUGGAUAUCACUUUGCAAACUGACACUUAUAGGGAAGGACACUCAACACGGACACUGGUACUCUAUAGUAACUCCGUUUUGUUGCAGUGACUAGUAGCAGAUAAUAAUGGAGACUGGAGAAAAUAAGGAAAUGGAGACAGAGCUUGAGGACGCACUGGAUCCGUCGUCUGAGUGUACAUAUCAAGGAGAAGAACAUCAACUAUUUCUACAGUUGGAGCCUGAGGCCCUUGACAUCACAGACAGUGAGAGUCAACACAGCGACCAACAGGAUGACAAGACAACCAAGACUGAUGAAGAAAAGACAGAAAUCACAACGCCUUCUAAUUUCGCACAAAGCAUGACUCCUGUUCUGACAAUUGCAUUGAUUGGUGGCACUGAUUCUAUGGAGAUUGAAUCUGGAAAUCUCCUUCUUGGUCAAGAUGAUCUACCAGCAGCAGAACUCUCACAGAUAGCACCCAGGAUGUAUGAUUUGUCCGGUCGUUGUGUCUCUGUCAUCAACAUGCUGGGCUUGCAGAGUUCUGAACUUACCCAGGAGAAUCACAUAGGUCCACUUGUGCAUAAGCAGGGUAUCAAUGCUGUCCUCUUACUUCUACCAUUGGGCCAGCAUAUUGAUGAAUUCCAAAUGGGAGUGGGGUGGCUGGAAAGAAUGCUUGGAGAGAGAGCCCUUGCCUUUACAAUAAUCGUCUUUACCCACAAGAAUGACCAAGACUUUGGGUUGGGUGAUCUAAAGGACAACAAUGAUCUGAUGGAUCUCAUAGAAAUGUGUGGAAAUAGGUAUCUCACCUGCAAAAAGAGUAUGAAUGAUCCAACCGAGAUUUCAACAUUACUUGAACAGAUAGACCUCAUGGUGUCUGAAAAUGAUCCAUGCUGCUACACAGGAGAAAUGUAUGACGAAGAGAUCAGGAAACAGCAACUGAAAACAGAUUGGGGUGACCGAUCACAAAGCGAGGAGAGAACUGCAUCAGUUCCAGAUGACUUGCCUGAAGAUGGUGUUGCAAACAAAGAAAAGGGAGAAGAAAAGAUACUUGAAGAAAUCAGCGGGAGUUUAAUUGAAAAAAACAUCCCAGAAAAUAUACAACUAGCAAAAGUAGCAGAGCUCAUGUGUAGACUUCACCUUCAAGAUAAAUAUCAAGAUAAGUUGACAACUGCAGACUUCCUGAACAUUGGCUCUUCUGCUCAACAUCAACAUGAACCCCAAACAGAGAGCAAACUUGCUCAUACUUUCCUACAAAGGUUAUUGAUGCUGGACUACAGAGCCAGGUAUAUUCCUGUAAGAGAUGAGAACAGUGAGAUGCAUGACACAAAUGACAACAGAAAUGAUAAUGCAGAAACAGAAGAAAGUGCCUUCGAUGCCCUUUUCAACAAGAACACAGUCUCUGGUGAUUUAAAGAGGAACACGCAUGUUCACCCAAUGGACGUCCAGAUGGCAGUGUUUCACUGUUCAGACAGUUUCCUUCGGCAGUUCAUGGUCACAAAGCUGUCCUUGUGUCAGUAUGCCUUGCCUUUGCUUGUGCCAAAUCCAUUUACCAAAGAGAUUGAAUGCCCUUUGUGGACAUUUCGACAAAUCAGAAAAACCUGGAAGUCCACCAAUGACUCUAAUAUAGUCACCAGCCAAAGUAUGCCUAUUUACAAGGCAGAAACACCAAUGGUAUCAUUCUUUAGGCUUGGUUCUGUGUCCUCAUCAAAAUCUCAGCUGAUGAGCAACUUGAUCAACCAACGUCACAGCACAUUCUUCCACAGACACUGUCCAGGAAGCAGUAAAACCUGCCUCCUAAUGGAUGGGGUGGUAGAGAUUGCAUGGUAUUGUCCUGCUGGGAAGCCCAAUGAUAUUUUCACUGAUUGUGUUGCAUUCUGUAAUCUCCAUGGUGACGCAAUUGCGAAAGAAAUUCAGCGUGACAGACUGAUUGAAAAAGCCUCAGUCAAUGUUAUCCUUUUACCAAGUCUUGGAAAAGGCGACAAAAGUAUGGCAAUCGUGCAAGAGCUGUUCAAGUCUUCUAAACCUCUGAUAUGUCUGCUCACUGAAGAGGAUUCUGUUGCAACUGAAAUUAAAAAGGGAAAGUACAAAAUGGGUUUGAGAGACAGAAAUCAGUCAGAUGUGUCUGAGGAACUAAAAAGGAUCAUUAGAAAUAAUUUGUCAAGACCAUGUUGCUCCUUCAAACUUGAGGACAUGGCAGAGUACUCAGGGUUUAGAGUAGAUGAGGAUGAUGAAGAUUGCCAAGUAGGGAAGACUAAUGCUCUGCAGAUAACAGAUCUGCUUAAGGAAAUGGAACUGUCCAAGAUCAAAGAAGAAUUUCUUCCAUGUCAAGGUAGGCUGUGGCAUGAUUGGUGUCAAAAAAAUAAAGACCUUUAUCGUCUCCAAGGGAAUCUAGAGAUGGAAAGAAGUAAAAUACAACAUGAAAUGAUGCAAAUUCGACACCAUCAACAUCAAGUUGCCUUUACUGAACUCAUGCAGAUGUUUAUCACAAGUCUACGAUGUCUGGGAGAAAAAGAAAAAUCAUAUUUCCUCAAGUGGGUAGGGAUACUACUGGAUGACCUGUCCUCAGAUGAGCUCUCAGACCUUCAUCACAAAUAUGAUGAAAAGUGGUCCAAGGUCCUGGCUUUGAAAAAGAAGCAUGAUAAAUCAGAGCAACUGAAAAUGAGACAAAUGGAGCUGGAAAAAAUAUCAGAGAAGCUGCAAGCAGCGACCUUUGGAUUUGAACACAUUCUGAGGGAAAUGGGACAGAUCUAUGAAGCCCAUGCAUCUGUGGCCAGGCAAAGCAAAGGAGAAAGUGAGGUGACCGUGUCUUACCUUCCAGAGCUCGCGGCAGAACUUAUGAUAUCGGGACACCCAAUGGAACUAAUGGAUGGUGAUGCAGCUCAUGUGCCACUGACGUGGAUUAAUGGGGUUUUAGAUGAAGUUAUCAAGAAACUAGGAGAUCAGAGAGUUUUUGUUUUGUCCAUUUUGGGAAUCCAGAGCACUGGGAAAUCUACAAUGCUGAAUGCAAUGUUUGGACUGCAAUUUGCAGUAAGUGCUGGAAGGUGUACCAGAGGUGCUUUCAUGCAACUGGUGAAAGUGACCGAGGAGAUGAAAGAUGACUUUAGGUUUGACUAUGUUCUUGUUGUUGACACUGAGGGACUUCGAGCUUUAGAGUUGGCAGGAAAGGCAACAGUGCACCAUGACAAUGAACUUGCAACUUUUGUCAUUGGCCUUGGAAACAUGACCUUGAUCAACAUAUUUGGAGAGAAUCCUGCUGAGAUGCAGGACAUCAUUCAGAUAGCUGUUCAGGCCUUCAUGAGGAUGAAGAAAGUUAAUCUGUCUCCAAGUUGUGUGUUUGUGCACCAGAAUGUUGGAGACAUCACGGCCGGAGAGAAAAACAUGGAGGGAAAGAGGCGCUUACAGGACAAACUAGACGAGAUGACCCAGUUAGCUGCCAAAGAAGAGGACAGUAAUGCAGAGUGUUUCAGCGAUGUCAUUGCAUUUGACAUACAAAGAGAUGUGAAAUACUUUUCCCAGCUGUGGGAGGGCAGCCCACCCAUGGCCCCACCAAACCCAUGCUACAGUGAGGAUGUCCAGGAGCUAAGGAAAACAAUCCUCUCUAAAACAUCGAGGUCUUUUGGCAUGACAUUAUCACAGUUCAAAAGCAGUAUCCAAGACCUUUGGAAUGCACUGCUGAAUGAAAACUUUGUGUUCAGCUUCAAAAACACACUAGAAAUUGCAGUUUACAGAAAACUUGAGAUUCAGUAUGGAAAAUGGAUCUGGGCUCUCAGGAGUGCCAUGCUAACCAUUGAAAAUCAACUGCACAAUCGAAUCGAAAAUGGAAAACUUCACAGGGUUGAGAGACAUUACCUUGUUGACGAAAUGAGAAAGACUCGUGAAGAAGUGAACAAAUCAAUGGAAAAGUACUUUGAUGAAGACAGAGAUAAAGAAAUGUUGAUUCAGUGGCAAGGGAGAUUUCAAACCAAAAUGGUUGAGUUUGAUGAUGAACUCGUGACGGGAGCAAAAAGAAAGUUAGAGGAGGUUAUUCAGCAGAGGGAUGCGCGCAAAAAACUGGAUGACAAGAAGACACAGUAUGAAAACAAGCUCUUCCAAAAGAGCAAAGAACUUGCCUCAAAACUGAAGGACAAGGCAAAGGAUGAAAAACAACUUGAGAAUGAAUUCAAUACUCUUUGGGGGGUGUGGGUUGCCGAGUUGACCAAUGAUACACCUUCCAUUAUGGACAUAAACAUAUUGGAUGAUGUGACUUGUAUCCUUGGAGAGAUUGGUUAUGAAUUGUCUCUUGUACAUGAUCGGAAAAGUUGCGGAAUGUACCGUGAGAUUUGUACCUUGGGGAGUUAUUCGAACUAUGCAAUUGUAUCCAAGAACCAAGAUCUUUUUAACGACGAUCAGCACUCAAGAGAUGCUCAAAGGAAGCCAAACAAUGACCAAUUGAAGAAAAAUAAUGUGUGGGGUGCUUUUAAGAGUUUUUUGUUUAAGUCUCCAGAGAACAAGACAAUUGACCAGAUUGGUCCAAGCAACAUUCUAACAUACACAGAUCAUGAAUUGAUAAGAGCAUUCACCAAUGAUGUUGACAAACAAAGCCAGAAGAUAAUCGAGACAAAGCCCAUAGAAAAGAUGGGAUACAAUGACAGUUACAUGCAAGAAAUAGCAACUCAUGUCAAAGAAAGCGUGAAGGAAUUUGAAUCAAAGAUUAGAAAAUAUGCAUUCAAAAAGGAGUUUACAAUUGAUCUUUCACUUCAUGUGUGUGAGCUUGCAGGAAGUAAGUUAGCAGAUUCCCAUAGCAAAUUCAGAAGCAACAAUGAUGCCCUUACUUACCUGGAGCAGAAGAGGCCACAGUACAACAAGAUUUUCAAGAGAUACUGCAAAGGUUCCUCAUCUGCAGCUGUGCUUGGUGAGUUAAUUUGCAACACACUGAAAGAAUCGAUUGUACAGGCGGUCUAUGACCAGACGGCCAUUGACUUAGCUGGAGAAAUGCAAUUAAGUCACCCACCAUUCAGUGGAAACAGGUCUAACAUGGAGAAACACAUCCUGAUAUCAUUGGCGGAGAAGGAGAACUUUGACAAGUUCAUGACCUACAUUCACAACCCAAGGAAACACUUUGAGAAAUUUAUUAGAGAGGAUGUAGAGAAAUACAUGCUCACAGAAAGGUCCAAAGUCCUUGCCUUGAUUGAAGGGAACAUAACAGCUAAAGAGCAGCGUGUGAGCCAUGCAGUGCAUACAGCAACAAAGACGGUCAAAAACAGGAAUGGAGACACCAACAUGUGGCUUAGAGAGCUUUCCAGUGCUCUAAAAGAUGAGCUGAAAUUUGCUGAAAAUAAUUUCAGUGAUUUCUGUGACAUAACCGACUUUGACUUCCUCGAAGAAGAGGUAAGGAAAGAUCUUGCCAACAGAAUCAUGGAGAUCAACAGAAGCCUCAGCAAUGUAUCACUCCUGGACAUGAAGCAGUUCAGGGAGAGGCCAGAUGAGAUUCUGAUCAAACACUUUUGUGAUUGCUGCUGGGUACAGUGUCCCUUCUGUAAAGCCAUCUGCACAAACACCAUGGAGGGGCACAAACCGAAGGAUCACAAUGUCCCCUUUCAUCGCUCUAAAGGAAUCAAAGGAAUGCACUUCAGAAACACAGUAGAAUUUAGCAUUGAUUUUUGUACAACUUCAGUAGCAAGUAAUGGCCGGUUUUACCCAUCCCAUGAAUCAGAGGAUACAUAUCUUUGGAAAGAAUACAGAAAAGCUGGCCCAAGAUUUGAUGAUUGGAGCAUCACACCAGACCUCUCUGAACUUCCGUACUGGAAGUGGUUUAUUUGUCGAUUUCAAGAAGAUCUGGAAAGGUAUUAUGACCUAAAAUUCCAGGGCAGAGGUGAAAUUCCAAUAGAAUGGAGGAAGUUCACAAAACAGCAAGCUAUUGAAAGCUUAAAGUAAAUCUAAGGGGAGCUCAAAUAGUAAAAACAUACAGACAUAAUGGCACAAGCAUUUAAACAUGUUGACAUUGUAAACAUGAACAUAGUCAGAAACUGAAAAACCUCUUGGCAAUGUACAAUAAAGCACCGCUUUUACUAUUCUAAUCAGCUAGGCCUACAACACAUCUUAUUUUGAUUCAAUCAUUUAACUCAAACUGAUAGACUAACAGGAAAAAGCCUAGUUAUUGGCCUCAUUUUGGGAUCAAAAAUGUAUAUGCAGAUGUUUUGAGUGUGAGCAAUUUAUCACAUUUCCUGUCAAGUGAUAAAGCCUUGUAUUAUUUGUAUUGUAUUACCGUAAGCAAAUACUCAAUAAAUGCUCUGAAAUUGUGA